UUUCUCCUAAUCUAUCUAUCCUUACAGUAAGCGACUUUCGACAUUCGAAUUCAGAUCCAAAAACAGAAUUCCUCUUCCUUCUUUUUCACGCUACUAACAAAUCCAACAUUUCCCCCUUAAUCUAGCACUCCCUUAUUCUCUCUCUACACUUCCAACCAGGCGGAAAAGGAAGGUUGUUAGCAAUGGCGACAGUCCGAGUGUUUUCUAUCACAAUUGUCUUUGCUAUUCUGUUUGUUGAACAAUGUAUCUGUACAGAUUCGCCCGCACCAGCACCGGAAUCCGGUGCUGAUGUGGCUUCCUCUCCACCGGAGAGUCCUGCUUCGUCGCCUUUAUCAAAUCUAACUUCUCCUCCGGCUCCUCCACCAUCAGAUCUCCCUUCGGAUUCGUCUCCGGCGCCAUCACCGGUGAAUGAUGGUACUGCUACUUCAAAAGAUUCACCGUCUCCAGCACCAGCUCCAAAUUCUGAAGUUGCAAGUGAUAUAAGCCACGAGAGUGCUGAGGAUUCGAAGGAAUCGUCUAGUGGUGGAAUGACCAGCGGGAAGAAGGCUGGAAUAGCAGUUGGAGUUAUCGCAGCCGUUUGUUUUGUUGGUCUUGGUGCAUUGGUGUAUAAGAAGAGGCAACAGAAUAUUCAACGAACACAGUUCGGGUAUGAUGCUAGGAGAGAAAUCCUUUAGGUGAUUCUAUAUAUCAUAUGCGUUCAGUUUAUAUAGAUAACAUAUACUAUACUGCAUUGAUUGAUCUUCAUGAUUAGAUUUGUUGCAUUUGGAAUUUGUACGAGAAUAUUAUUAGAUUUAUUUGAUUCUUUACUCACUGUACUAUUGGAAAUUUAACUUUUGAUUCACCGUAUAAUAAAUGCUUUGCUGAUAAAUUUAGAAUUUA